CACAACAGACUUUGCAGAAAAUAAACGAACGUUUAGCGGCAACUCACUGCCACCGCACGAUUCCAAAGCUACAAAUCGGAGAGCUGAGAAAACGCGGGUUGCUACCCUUGUCCAAGUUGUUUUCCCACUCACCUCAACGUCGCCGGAGUUUAUCGUGUUCGUCAGAAACAGUGACAAAUUCCAGGGUUUGUGAUGGAUGUGGAGUGGUCUGAAUCGCGGUACGAUGAUAGAAUCGAUAAUGAUGAUUCCCCAGCGAGGGAACAUUAUGACGAUGCUGAUGGUGUUGAUAGGUCUAGUAGGCAUAGGAGCAAGGAUAGGAAGAAGAGCGAUAAGGAGCACCGGAGUAUAGAGAAGGAUAGAGGUUCUGGAAGAGAACGUAAUAGGGACGAGCGUGAAAAGGAUAGGAGUAAAGAUGGUAAGGUAAGAGAGAAGGAUUAUGAUAGAGAGAAAUAUAGGGAGAAAGAGCGUGAGCGCGAGAGGGAUAGAGAUAAGAAGGACCGUGGUAAGGAUAGAGACCGUGAGAAGGAAAGGGAGAUUGAGAAAGAUAGUGACAGGGUGCGAGAGAAGGAAAGGGGGAAAGAGAAGACUAGGGAUAGGGAAAGGGAUAAGGUAAAGGAAAAAGAAAAGGAUAGGGAGCGCGAGAAACAUAGAGAUAGAGAAAGUUAUAGAGAUGGGGAUCGGGAUAAGGGGAAAGAUAAAGUUAGAGAGGAGAGGGAGAGGGAGACUGAUCGAGAUAAAGAUAGGUCAAGGGAUAGAGGAAGUAGAAGGGCACAUGAGGAAGAUUAUGAAUCGGGUAAUCUUGAUGAUAAAGUAGAUUACCACGAAAAGAGAGACGAGGAGGUUGGCAAGCAUGCAAAGUCUUCAAAACCCAAUCAAGAUGACAAAGACGGUGAAACAUCAGCACAGUUAUCAUCAAAAGAACUUGAAGAACGUAUUUUGAGGAUGAAAGAAACAAGGACAAAGAAACAAUCUGAAGCUGCUUCCGAGAUCUCAUCAUGGGUUAAUAAAAGCCGUAAGAUUGAAAAGCAAAGAGUGUUGCAACUCUCAAAGAUUUUUGAGGAGCAGGACAACAUCGCAGUAGAGGGAAGUGACGAUGAGGAUACGACCCAUCACACUGAUCACCUGGCGGGGGUGAAAGUUCUUCAUGGCCUUGACAAAGUUGCGGAAGGUGGUACUGUAGUUCUGACUAUCAGAGAUCAGCCUAUACUUGCUGAUGGUGAUGUUAACGAAGGUACAACUGCUUGGUGCUCUUUCUUAUAUUAUUCCUGUUUGAAUUUUGUGAGUUGUUGCGUGUCAUGUAAAAUAAUUUGUUUUUCUCACAUGCCAGACACUGAUAUGCUUGAGAAUGUGGAAAUUGGAGAACAAAAACGCCGAGAUGAUGCUUAUAAAGCUGCAAAAAAGAAAACUGGCAUAUACGAUGAUAAGUUCAAUGAUGACCCCUCUGCAGAAAAGAAAAUACUUCCAAAAUAUGAUGAUCCGGCUGCUGAAGAGGGUUUAACUUUGGAUGAAAGAGGAAGAUUCUCAGGUGAAGCUGAAAAGAAACUUGAAGAGCUCCGUAGAAGGUUAACUGGUGUUUCUACUAAUAACUUUGAAGACCUUACUUCAUCUGGAAAGGUAUCAUCGGACUACUAUUCUCAUGAAGAAAUGCUUCAAUUUAAGAAGCCCAAGAAGAAAAAGUCCUUGCGGAAAAAAGAUAAGCUGGACAUUAACGCCCUUGAAGCUGAAGCUAUCGCUUCAGGAUUGGGUGUUGGUGACCUUGGUUCUCGGAAAGAUGAAAAGAGGCAAGCCAUCAAAGAUGAACAAGAAAGAUUGGCAGCUGAAAUGAGAAAUAAUGCUUACCAGUCUGCUUAUGCUAAAGCAGAUGAAGCCUCCAAAUUACUUCGUCCAGAACAAUCUCUGAAUGUUAAAACAGGGGAAGAUGAUGAAACCCCAGUUUUUGCAGAUGAUGACGAGGAUCUUCGUAAAUCCUUAGAGAAAGCAAGACGACUAGCUCUUAAGAAACAGGAGGAGAAAGGAGCAUCUGGCCCUCAAGCUAUUGCUUUACUUGCCUCCUCAAAUCCUAGUAAUGAGACUGUUGAUGAUCAAAAUUCUACAGCGGGAGAGUCGAGAGAAAAUAAGGUGGUCUUUACAGAGAUGGAAGAAUUUGUCUGGGGUCUUCACAUUGAUGAAGAAGCACGCAAGCCAGAAGGUGAAGAUGUUUUCAUGCAUGACGACGAAGAUGCAAAUGUUCCUGUUGAGGAAAAGAGAGACGAGGCUGGUGGGUGGACUGAAGUUAAAGAAACUCAAAAAGACGAGCAACCCAACUCAGGAGACAAGGAGGCUAUAGUAGUUCCUGAUGAAACUAUACAUGAAGUUGCUGUAGGGAAAGGACUGUCAGGUGUAUUGAAACUGCUUAAAGAUCGAGGAACACUAAAAGAAACCACUGAAUGGGGUGGCAGAAACAUGGAUAAGAAAAAAAGCAAAUUGGUUGGGAUUGUAGAGGAUGAAGGAAAGGAAGCACCGAAUAAAAAGGAGAUUCACAUUGAGAGGACAGAUGAGUUUGGGAGAAUUCUGACUCCUAAGGAAGCGUUCCGGAUAAUUUCUCAUAAGUUCCAUGGUAAAGGACCUGGCAAAAUGAAGCAGGAAAAGCGAAUGAAGCAAUAUCAUGAAGAAUUGAAAUUGAAGCAAAUGAAGAGUUCAGAUACACCGUCACUGUCUGUGGAGAGAAUGAGGGAAGCUCAAGCUCUUAUGAAGACACCAUAUCUCGUAAUCAGUGGUCAUGUUAAACCAGGACAAACUAGUGACCCGAAAAGUGGUUUUGCUACAGUCGAGAAGGAUCUUCCUGGAGGCUUGACACCUAUGCUCGGCAAUCAGAAGGUUGAGCACUUUUUGGGACUCAAGAGGAAAGCCGAACAAUCGAGCUCGGACACCCCCAAAAAGGCGAAAUCUUGAUUCAAGCUAAUAUCCUUACAAGAGUGAAAUAUCCAUAAACAGAGAUGAAAAGUAAAAAGAUAAAGCAUGGUUGUAUGAGGAUUUUGUAAAGAUUUUGGGGUGUAAGGACCAAGUGUACAAAACUCUUUCUAGCAGUUGUAAGGUCCAUGGGACGAUUAACCUGGUCUGAAUUGAAUUCAACGUUGAGACUUUCUAUAAUCCUUGGUGAUACUCAUAUCCUGUAUUUUUUUAUUGGUAUGCUGAUGUACUCACAAUUUUAUUAGAUUUGACAUUUUUUUCUGAUGCA